CUCGAUCUCGCCGGAGAAAAAGGCGGGAUCUUUCGAUGCCUUCACUCGACGACGAGGAGCGUGCGGUCUUCCCCGAGGUCGACGACGAAGAAGAUGAAAGCGAUGAGGUCGACGACAGCGAAGACGAUGAAGACGAAGACGAAGACGGCGAGAUCGAACCCUCGUCGGCGCCGCUUCCUCCCUCUGUUCCCGUCACCGACUUAGCUACCAUGGAUCCAAACCCUGGAAUGAUCCCUAACCCUAACCCUAUUGCUGUCCAUGCUGCGGUCUCCGCAGCCGAGAAUGGUUCCGUUCAAGUGCAGCCCGUCUUAUCCGACGUCGCCACCGAAGACCUCACCACUCCGACCGCCGACGAACGCCGCCUCGUCCCCUGUCAGACAGGAAGCAGCUGUGACGACUCGAGGCGGCUUUUCCAGCGGCUCUGGACGGACGAGGAUGAACUGGUGAUCCUCAAAGGGUUUCUCGAAUUCGUCUCUCAGCGCGGCACAAUUGAAGCUUCCCAUCAGCAUGAUACUGGUCUGUUCUACGAGAAGAUCAAGACCCUGCUCCAGCUUGAAUUCACAAAGAAUCAGUUGAUCGAGAAGCUUCGGUGGAUGAAGAAGAAGUUUCGCAACGUCGUCAGCCGGAUCGCCAACGCCGGCAAAGAUUUCUCCUUUAAGACCCCACACGAGCAGGCCACCUUCGAGAUCGCUCGCCAGAUCUGGAGCUCAGCGCUCAAGCGUUCGCGUGAGAUCAGCGACGAUGAGAUACUCAAUGUCCCUGCUCUCGGAGGAGGAUCUGAGAUCAAGUUGGAAGGUGGCACAGGGGAAGUCUCGAGGUCUCGUCGUCGUCGGAGAAGACACUCCUCCACAGUGAACGCAGGGCAUACAGUUGGGGUGCCAGUAGAGGCGGCGAUGAGUCACACGCCAUUGGCACUAUCAUCGACGGGUGUGCCGGUGAUCCCGAGCAUGAUCGAGGAGACAGUGAGGAGCUGCCUGUCGCCGCUGUUCAAGGAGCUGAUUGGGUCGGCAGCGGGUGGGGUGGGGAUGAACCUGAUGAUGCCGAUGAGUUUGUGGGGUGGUGGUGAGUGUGUGGCGGUGGCGGGGGUGGAGGCGCCGGAGGAUGAGAGGUGGAGGAACCAGAGGAUUCUAGAGCUGGAGGUGUACCUGAAAAGAGUGGAGCUUGUGCAGGACCAAAUCAAGAAGACACUGGAGGACCUCCGUUCUAUUGGUGGUAACUGAUCAUAAUCAUCAUCUGCGCCAGUUCAUUAGUUUUUCUUCUUUUUUUUUUAAUUUGGAUAAUCUUAGUUUGGUGGGGUAAGAUGUGUUUU